CCCAAAAAUAGGACAAAUAAGAUAGUUUCACUGCUUCUUUUCUUCUCUUAAAACAGAAGCAUCCAGAAUGGGAGUUUUGUUUUCUUAUUACUUUUCACAGACAUUUUGAUUCCUGUGGUUCUUGGAGGUAGCUGCUGGAGUUUGCAGAGACAAAUGGAUGAAGAACAGUAUUCAUCUGGUUGGGACGAAAAUUACUCAUUUGUUCACUUUCUUAAUGAAAGCAAUGUCUGCGAAAUGGGAAACUAUUUUACCUUUUACACCCAUUUCACUACUGUUCUCUAUACUCUGGCAUUUUUGCUCAGCCUGCUAGGAAACACUCUGGUGUUAUGGAUCCUACUCAAAUAUGAAAACCUUACAUCUUUAACGAACAUCUUCAUCAUGAAUCUUUCUGUCUCCGACUUAGUCUUCUCAUGCAUGCUGCCAUUCUGGGCAGUGUACCAGAGCUUCGGGUGGAUUUUUGGUGAGUUCCUUUGCAAGGCAGUGAAUGCCAUUUUCUCCAUUGGCUACUACAGUGGUGUUUUCUCUCUAACUCUCAUGACUAUUUUACGGUACUUGUCCGUGGUGAACCCUCUUUCUACUCUGAGAUCCCAGACGCAGUACUGUCGUUCUCUGGUGUGCUUGUUUGUUUGGACUUGCAGCAUUUUGAUGGUAGUUCCUGAGAUUAUUCACACCACAGUGACAGAAACCUUGGAAGAAAUCAGUAUCUGUGAUUAUGAUGACUGGGAAUGGAAAAAAGUGGACAUUUAUCAGAGAAACAUACUCUUCCUGAUUUCCUUUGGGAUUAUCGUAUUCUGUUACAUCAAUAUACUGAUAAUUCUGCUUGGAACAAGAUCUCGCAGAAAGCGCAGAACUGUGAAACUCAUCCUUGUUAUUGUGGUGGCUUUCUUCCUGAGCUGGGCACCUUACAACAUCCUCAGCUUUCUGAUUACUUUUCCACCAUCUACAUGCCAGUACAGCAAUGACAUCCACCUCGCCUUUCACAUCAGCCGUAAAAUUGCUUUCUCCCACUGUUGCCUCAAUCCUGUGCUCUAUGUAUUUGCUGGAGUCAAGUUCAAGAGGCAUUUGUUUCGUUUAUGCAGACAGUAUUUACCCUGUGGCGAUGAAGUCUCCAGCCCCCGGAUCGGCUCUCAAGGCAAAUUCCACUAUGAAGAUGGGUCCAUCUACUGAAGGGAGACCAAACUAUUAGUGCUAGUCUCUGAUGAACUUUCAGAUUUUAAAGGCCAUGCAUGAUCUCCAAUUCCUAAAGGUUCUUCCCUGAGACAGUGGCCGAUUUUGUCUUUGCAAACAUAUUGUGAAUGGGAAAUGAUUAGAAAAAUGAUUAGCAGGAGGAUGGAGAAACUAAGAAGUGACCUCAGUGGUCUGUAACUCUUACCUUCUUUAUGCUUUUUGGCACAGUGAUACUUUUUCUCAUUCAUGGUUUUCUUUAGAAAAAGGAAAAAGAAUCAGAAUCACAGAAUCACAGAAUCACCCGGGUUGGAAGGGACAUCAAGGAUCAUGUAGUUCCAACCCCCCUGCCUAGCAGGGCCACCAAACAUGCUUGCUUUUUUCUUUGGCAGUUAAAACUUCAGGUCUUAAAGUGAAUAGUGCUGCACAUUUCUUUCUUGCCUGAUUUUAAAUAUUCAUAUUGUUUCUAGCAUGGUCACUUAAGCAUUUCUGUAGCUUUUAAUGCUUGACAUUAUUUGUCAGUGCUGAACUCACUGAUGUUCUCUGUGUGCUAAGGUUCUUCGACCUAUUGAUAGGCAAAUAUAUAUAAAGCCAACAGAGUGUAAGAAAGCUUUGCUUUUUUACCUCCUUCACACCUGUCUAUAUACUAUAGAUACCUGUAUCUCUGAGGUAUGUGAACAUCUUAUAAAUGCUUAUGAAAAAAAAAGUCAAGAAUUGUAACAGAAGCACAAAAUAUUUGAACAGUCCUGCCUUGCUCACUUUUUAACAAGUUAUUUAAGCCUGCUUGUAGCUUAAGCAUAUGUUACCAUAUAUCUGAACAUGUAAAGGUGACGUGAAAUAUUAUCCAAUCAUACUGUUGUCAAUCAUAACCAAAAGUAACUCAUGUAAAGAUUUCUCCUACUGGUAUAAUAAAGCGGUACUAAUAAAUGUUC